AUGGCCAACCGCCGCCCGCCAGCCGGGUCCUCAUCCGCUCUCGGCCCUCCCCUGCGCCGCCCUGCAUCCCGCCAACCGCCUCCAGCCGCACUCUCACUCCCCUCGUCCUCUGCAUCCUCAUCACUCACUUCGCCCCCUCUCUCGGCUAGCACGCGCGGGGGACAGGGUAGCAGAGGUGGAGAGGCACAGAAGAGGGAGAACGGAGCGGGGGACGGGAAUAUACAGGUCGUGGUCAGGUGUCGAGGAGUAUCACCGUCGGAAGUGGACGCCCAGGUCCCUGUCGUCGCCGAAGUCAAGUCGACCCGCGGGACGGAAGUCAAACUCACCGACCCGCACCCGUCCCUCCCCUCCUCCUCCUCCGCCGCCCUCUCCUCCAUCGCGCCGACUCCCGCUCAAACCAAAACCUGGGACUUUGGUGACCGUCUGCAAGAAGGGUCGAAAGAGCCUCGCGGGACCGUCUAUGGUCCCGACGCGGAUCAAGGGAUGCUUUAUACGGACGUGGCCAAACCCAUGUUGCAGCAGGUUCUGAUGGGGUACAAUUGUACGAUCUUUGCGUACGGUCAGACCGGGACGGGCAAGACCUACACGAUGGAAGGCGACCUCUCUCCCUACCACGGCACCUUCCACCCGGACGCAGGCAUCAUCCCCCGCACGCUCUACUCGCUCUUCGACCGCCUCGCCGAAUCACGAUCCGAAUACUCCGUCCGCUGUUCCUUCAUCGAGCUCUACAACGAAGAACUGCGGGACCUCAACGCGGCAGACUACUCGCUCUCGUCCUCGGACGGAUCAUCAGCGGCUCCCUCGCCCGACCCCUCCGGGCCGCCGAAAACCCUCCGCAUUUACGAAGAGACGAAGAAUGGUCAGACGGGGGUGACGAUCCAAGGACUUGAGGAGACGUUCAUCCAGAGUGCCGAGGAGGGGUUGAGGGUCCUAAGGCGCGGGAGCGAGAGGAGGCAGAUUGCGGCGACGAAUUGUAACGAGCGGUCGAGCCGCUCCCACUCGAUUUUCACCAUCGUCGUGCACAUCAAAGAUUCCUCGAAAGAAGGCCAAGACGUCCUCAAAGUCGGCAAACUCAACCUCGUCGACCUCGCCGGAUCCGAAAACGUCGGUCGCUCGGGAGCGGUCCAAGGGCGCGCGAGGGAGGCGGGAAUGAUCAAUGCGAGCUUGUUGGCGCUUGGGAGGGUCAUCAAUCAGCUUGUGGAUAAGGAUCCGGCUAAGAAGCAGCAUAUUGCGUACCGCGAAUCCAAGCUAACCCGACUCUUGCAAGACUCGCUCGGCGGCCGUACCAAAACGACCAUCAUCGCGACCAUCUCGCCCGUCAGUUACGAAGAGACGGCCUCGACGCUCACGUACGCGCACCAGGCCAAGUCGAUCCAGAACAGGCCCGAAGUCAACCAGCGCGUGUCGAAGAAUGUCAUGCUUAAUCAGUUUGCGACCGAGAUUGAGCGACUCAAGGCGGAUCUCAAUGCCGCCCGAGGACAAGAAGGCGUCUACGUCUCGAAGGAGACGUGGGACGAGAUGGAGACUGGCCGGCUCAGUUUCGACGAAACGAAGCGCAAGCUCGAGAUCUCCGAGUCUCAGCUCCAAACCACCCGCGACCAAUUCGAGCAAAACUUCCGCCUCCUCAGUUUGCGCGAGGAACAGCUCCGUAAAGCGACGGACGAGUUGGGCGCCGUCAAGGGCGAGUUGGUGGCUACGUCGGCGGAGUUGAGGGAGACGAAGCUGAGAGUGGCGCAACAGGAGGCGCUGAGGGAUGCGUUUGAGACGAGCCGCGAGGGGUGGAAGGAGGCUGCGAGUGGGGCGCUCGACGACGUCGAAGGCUUGCGGGCGAAACUCGACCGCAAGUCGGACGUCGAGCGCAACAACCACGCCCUCAUCGUCGCCGCACGAGAAGCCGUCGCCACUCGCGCCGAGCGCAUCGGCGAGUGCACGUCGGAGCUUCGCUCGACGCAGCAGGACUUCCUUGGCAAACUCGGAGAACAGCUCGAUGCGUUCACUCGUCGUCAACAAGCUCACCUCGCCUCAACUCUCGCGCUGGUCGACGACCACGUCGAUGCCUUCGCCGCACAACUCGCCUCCCUCGCAUCGACUUGGCAACAAGCGGAUGCGCAAGCUACCGACUUUCGGCAGGCGAUCGACAAAGUGUGCGCAGAGCUGCACGGGCGUAUCCUCGAGCGGGCCGACAGGCUUGAAAAGUUGCAGCGACAGCAGGCGGACGAGUUGGAGAAGCGGUUAUCCCAGCAUGCCGAGCAGACGACGCGCAUCCUCGGCGACCUAGCUGGCCCGGUCCGGCAACUGCAGCAGGAUUGCUACAAGGCGUUGCGGCAGGAUCAUCUUACCCUCGAGGAGCUGCGGGAUCACGAUGCUGCUGCUCUUGCGGACGAGAACGCACGGCUCCGGCAAGUCGUCGCCGAGCUCCAGCAACUGCUGGCGAGCGAGGAAGAGCAGGCCCAGCGCGAACAGGAGGAGACGCUCCGGCGAUUGCACGACCAGCUCAGCGCCGCCGCUUCUCGACGAAGUCGAGCGCUCGCAUCGACCUUCCAGCAUGUCGAGCAGGAACUCGAUGGCGUCCUGUCGACGCAAACCGGGGCUGUCCGACUUCGCGCGGACAAGCUGUGUGCUCUCGCCGCAAGCGGUUCCGCGCUCGAUACGGCUCUCUCGACGACCGCCGAUCUGUGCGACGCACGAAGUCGAGCUGGAGCAGAGGCCCUGAGCGAGUCUCUUGACCUCGCCGCCGCCGGCUUCGACUCGUACCGCUCAUCUUCCGAGUCCGAGCGGAGAGACCAGCUGGGAGACUUGCAGAACGCCGCGAACCUUGCACGGCGACUGGGCGUCGAUUGGCACCGUCAGUCGACGGUUCUCGCUACUUCGACGCGCCGAAACCUCGUCGACCUCGUCCAUGCGGCCGGCGAUGCUUUCGGCGACUGGAAGAGUACCGCUAAGCUCGCCGAAGGCGACAGCUACCAGACUUCCCUUGCUGCCGCGGCCUCGGUCGACGCCUACUCUACCUCCGGCUACACUCUGCUCGGUUCCAUCGACGAGCAGACCGACGCUCUCUCGCAGCAGGCUGGCGACGACCUGCACGCCCGCGUGCGGCACGACGUCCCGACCGGCGCGACGCCUCGACCUCGCGAGCGACCGCAGGACCGCCUCAUGCCCGGCAUCGACCUCGACGCGGACCGACCGAGCGUGCUCGAGCGGCUUCUCGCUCAGCGCGCCGCAGACCUGGCACAGGUUGAGGUGGCUGCAGCGGCCGAGACGGUUCUCGCCGCGGGACCGACGGUUCGCGGCAGGAUGAGCGAGGCGGUCAGCGUUCGCGAGACGCCGUCUCCCGUCGUCAUGCGCGUCCCGCUCCCGCCUCUCGCCCGUCCUUCGCUCGUCACCGGCGUCGCAGGCAAGGGAGAGCUAUUUAAGCGGGUCAAGCCGGCUCCGUUGGGCGAGCGGGAUGCGAACAACCCGGCGCGGAGGUUGGGCAAGCGGGUUGCGAAGCCGCCGAAGUAG